AUGGAUGCAGUUUUGUCAACUGUCCACGGUCUUUCACGAGAACUACAAAACAGCAGCAUUGACAACGCGGCAGCAUUUGGCUUAAUACAGGCUUGUAAAACCGCAUUGAUAAAAUAUCAUUCUGAUGAGUCAUGGGAAGAAAUACUUGAACAGACGAACAAAUUAUGUGAUAUGAUGGGUGUAGCACCUCAGCGGUUUACCGAAAACAUUGAAGUCUUCAGGGUUACUUCAGUUUUUAACCCAUGUCAUAAAGAAACAUUUCUCAAUGAAAAACUUAUGUACAUUCUCGAUGACUACUACCAAACUGCAGGAAUUGACAAACAACUCCUUGAAUCAGAAAUUAGAACAGACAAAACGCUCAUAGAUUGUCAACAUAAAAACCAAACACCGAAUUGCUUCACGACAUUUUACAUGCCCUGCCCUGGACCACAUAUGUUUGCCCCCAACCAAAAUCUGAAAUGA